GUAUCGAUACGUCGAUAGCUCCACUGAUGCUUCUCCCAUCUCUAUGCCAAAUUGUUCAGUCAUUCUCGUCGUAAAACAAAAGAAAAACAUCGCCUAAAUUCAUUUUUUGCCUUAAAACCGUACAAUUGCAAUCAUACAAGAUGCCGGAUUAUCUGGGCGACGACCAGCGUAAGGUGAAGCACGAUGAGAAGGAGGACAAGGAGAUCAAGUCCCUGGAUGAAGGCGACAUUGAGCUGCUCAAGACUUAUGGCCAGAGCCAGUAUCACAAAUCCAUCAAGAGCAUUGAGGAGGAUAUUCAGAAGGCUGUGAAGCAAGUGAACGAGCUGACUGGAAUCAAGGAAAGCGACACGGGUCUGGCGCCACCAGCCCUCUGGGAUUUGGCCGCCGACAAGCAGAUCCUGCAAAACGAGCAACCCCUCCAGGUGGCCCGCUGCACCAAGAUAAUCAACGCGGAUUCCGACGACCCCAAGUAUAUCAUCAACGUAAAGCAGUUCGCCAAGUUCGUGGUGGACCUGGCCGACUCGGUGGCCCCCACCGACAUAGAAGAGGGAAUGCGUGUAGGCGUCGACCGCAACAAGUACCAGAUCCACAUUCCUCUACCUCCCAAGAUUGAUCCUACGGUGACCAUGAUGCAGGUUGAGGACAAGCCAGACGUAACCUACAGCGAUGUGGGCGGCUGCAAGGAACAGAUUGAAAAGCUGCGCGAGGUGGUGGAGACGCCGCUGCUGCACCCGGAAAAGUUCGUCAAUCUGGGUAUUGAACCGCCCAAGGGUGUGCUUCUAUUUGGCCCACCUGGAACGGGAAAGACCCUCUGUGCCCGCGCCGUUGCCAACCGCACUGACGCCUGCUUCAUCCGCGUUAUUGGCUCCGAGCUGGUGCAAAAGUACGUAGGUGAGGGCGCCCGCAUGGUGCGCGAACUCUUCGAAAUGGCGCGAUCCAAGAAGGCUUGUCUCAUCUUUUUCGACGAAAUAGAUGCUAUCGGUGGAGCCCGUUUCGACGAUGGUGCUGGCGGCGACAACGAGGUGCAGCGCACCAUGUUGGAGCUUAUUAACCAACUAGAUGGUUUUGAUCCACGCGGAAAUAUCAAGGUGCUGAUGGCUACCAACCGACCUGACACCCUGGAUCCGGCGCUUAUGCGACCCGGACGUCUGGACCGAAAGGUUGAGUUCGGUCUGCCUGAUCAGGACGGUCGGUCGCACAUCUUUAAGAUUCACGCCCGCUCCAUGUCCGUGGAGCGCGAUAUUCGCUUCGAUCUGCUGGCGCGUCUGUGUCCCAACUCAACGGGUGCUGAGAUCCGGUCAGUGUGCACGGAGGCAGGCAUGUUCGCAAUUCGGGCACGUCGCAAGGUGGCCACAGAGAAGGACUUCCUCGAAGCCGUCAACAAGGUUAUCAAGAGCUACGCCAAGUUCAGCGCCACUCCCCGCUAUAUGACCUACAACUAAGUUACAUUUAUUAGCACUAUUUUGUAUCCUCUGCAAACUGUAACACAUUCUGCAGCUGGCAAUUUAUAAAAUAAAGCGAAAUCUAUACCUCCACGAA